UUUAACUAUAAGUAAGAGUAAUUUAUUUUAAACAGUCAAAAUCACCUAGAGAAGAACCUGUAAGGCUCCUACAUGUUAAUUAGCCUUACAAUUACAAAUAUUUGUCAUCACAGAGCAAAAAAUGGCAUGUCAGCUAUUAAUUCAGAAAGGCAAAAUAAAAUAAUACCUUCUGCCUAUGAUCUGUCCAUUUGUUCCGGUCAGCUUCACAAACCGUGUUUAAGGAACGUAGUUCUGGUGAGCUACUCGCUUUGGUUAAAUGUUACUGAUAGUCUGAACUGCUGUACAGUUGUCUACGGCAAAAUUACCACUGCUCAGAAGUGAAAAACAGGAAGACCAUAGAGAGAUAACAUAGACGGAUGAAGCAAAUACAUUUUUCUUUCUCUCAACAAAAUAUACUUGCAAAGCAGUCCGCAUCUUCAUAGGGUUGUUCGCACUGACUUCUGUGCUCUGCGCUGCCUGAGGGUGCCCCAGGAGACAAGCUCACAGUUUAAUUUAAAUAAUUUCAGCAUUUCCUAUUGACUGUUCUCGGCUUUGUUAUUUGAUGCUGCCUGGCUAACAUGUUUUGGCGGGCUACGUUCUGCUCUGAUUGGCUCCUCUCGGGUAUUGUGCGCAGAGGCUAGGCACCUAGCUCCAGGCGGAAGAUUUCCUACAGAUGCUGGGCUCCUAAAGCUUAAAUGCUGCGAUGGUGAAUGGCACUGAAAAUGCUAUUUUGUGUAUAUGGCCAAAAAUGUUAAGCCUUUCACAAAGCCAAGUAAUAUUAAAGAUAUUACAGUGAUAUCAAGGACAGCUUGUUGUUAUUUUCUGAAGGUAAGAUGCCUUUAUUUAUUAAAACAUAAAUAAAAUGCCUAGGAACAUUGAGAGAGAGACAGCAUUUUAGGAAAAUGACCAAAAGUACUAAGAUACAGACCAAAAGGAAACAGGAAGGAAGGUGACAACCUGCAUUUCACAACAUGAAGUGGCAUAGAAGAGGACCUUUGAAAGCAGUGUGUGCUGAUGGAGAAGAGGAAGAGUAGAACUGUCUUUGCUACGUCUUCCUUAGUUAUAUAAUGCUUUUCUUUAUUUUUAUUCCCCCUUUCCUUUAAAGAUAGCAAAUGCUGUUCUAAUUCUGAAAAGGGUAUUUUCAUCAUCACUUUUCAAACACAAAUUUCUGAGGGUUUAGUUCUUAGAAUCAUUGCCUCCAGUGACAACAGUCCCAAAAGCAGUAAAAUUAUUCCCAGGACAGGUGACGCCACGUCACUUUUCAGAAUUUUUUUUUUUUUGUCCUUGGCACGCUGCUUAGAAUUGAAGAUGCAGAGAUGUUGGUGGCCUGCAGAGCAACACAGUCCACUUAGAUGUAUCUCUUUGCUGCACGCACAGACAGAAAUUUGAAGAUGGAAGAAAAGGGAGGGGGGCAGUUUCAGAGUGAAGAUGAGCGGUGAAGAGAUUCCUGUGUGUGCAGUAAAACUUGGGAAGAACUUCUGCCUCUAUUUUGCAGACGAUGAUGAGCUGGAAUGUGAUGCCUUAUGUACGGAAAAAAUUCUCAAACAACGAGUCUUUCGAAAUGUAAAUAGACAGUUGCUUGUGGUUCAACCAGAUUUAAACGUGGCAGCUUUUGAAGAUGUGACAGAUCAGGAGAUGAAUUCUGGCAGUGGAAUGCACUUCAACAUUCACUGUUACAAAACUACCACGCCUUCAGCAGGGAUGCCUGUUGCAUUCAGCAUCCAGAUAGAAGACAAGAAUUACUACAUGUGUUGUGAGAAAGAACUUGGGAAAACGAUUGUUCGAUUUCGCGAAGGAGAAGUUCCCACAGAAAUUCCUGGAGAAAGUAACUUCAUCUUUUUCAAAAAGAUGUUUACAUCUUGUAGCUCCAAAGCAUUUAAGUUUGAAUAUUCACUAGAACAAGGAAUGUUCUUGGCCUUUGAGAAAGAAGGCUCCUUAAGAAAAUUAAUUUUAAAGAAAAUGUCAAGUGAAGAUGAAGUGGAUGAAACCAUGAAGUUUCUAGAUUAAGUCAAUAUGAAACUCAUAACCUGUGACAUACUUGGAUAGUCUUACAAUAUGUUUUCUGGCUUAAAAAAAAUAAAUUUUAUUCUUUCUUCAUCUGAGGCAAGCUAGUUUUGUAUUUUUAGCUUGCUACCACAAGUCAGUGCAAAAAAUAGCAUCUUACAGAGGAAAACAAAUUAAAUUUAUCGGGGGAAAGAACCAGGAGAGGAACGAUUUCUAGUCAGAUAGUAGGAGAACUAUAUAAUGAAGACACAAGAGCACGCACGCCUCUGUAGUCCUCUAUAGUCUCGUCCCUAACCCCUUUAGUGUCUGCUGUUCAAACGUAGGUAUUUUUCACAUAUGAAUUAGACCUGUUAAGGGGAGGAAGAAAAAGUAUGCUCUUAUUUAAGCCCUCCCCUCUUCCCGAAAGAGAGUUAUAGCUAACCAAAACCCAGAGACCUGAAGAAUCCACAACAUACAAAUCCUUAGAAAACCUGAUUUCAUAAGCAGACCAUGCACUUGGGCCAUAAACACUCAAGAACGGCUUCUCUGCUUCAGGAUGAUUUCCUGAGUGUCUUCACCAA